AUGGAUAAGCCUCUUCGCUUUGGAGCAGAUGUUCCUGCUGGUCAGAGCCCCAUGCAGCUUAAGAGACCCCCUUCUCCAGUGCCAAGCUGUGUGUCCAUGAGGAGUGACCAGUCCAUGGAGCAGCCUCUUCGCUUUGGAGCAGAUGCUCCUGCUGGCCAGAGCCCCAUGCAGCUUAAGAGACCCCCUUCUCCAGUGCCGAGCUGUGUGUCCAUGAAGAGUGACCAGUCCAUGGAGCAGCCUCUUCGCUUUGGAGCAGGAGAUGUUCCUGCUGGUCAGAGCCCCAUUCAGCUUAAGAGACCCCCUUCUCCAGUGCCUAGCUGUGUGUCCAUGAAAAGUGACCAAUCCAUGGAUAAGCCUCUUCGCUUUGGAGCAGGAGAUGUUCCUGCUGGUCAGAGCCCCAUGCAGCUUAAGAGACCCCCUUCUCCAGUGCCUAGCUGUGUGUCCAUGAAAAGUGACCAAUCCAUGGAUAAGCCUCUUCGCUUUGGAGCAGAUGUUCCUGCUGGUCAGAGGUGGGUAUCAGACUGACAUUCACACAGGAAAUA